AUGAGCCGGCGGAAUGAAGGCCAGAGCUACCGCCAGCGACUAUAUGGCCAGAGAGGUCGAGUAGAGCAAUCGGGGAGUCUAGAAGAAGAUCAAGAUCCGAGAGGCCGCAACUUUGAAAAUCUCAGAGUGGUGAUGGGCAGGGAGAUUGCGAGAAAUGGUGAGAUGAAAUUCCGGCGGGGUGGUCAGGAGAACCAGAACAUUUGUAAAGGGUGCAAGAGGAAGGGAAGGAACAAGCAACAAGCAACAGCACAUCAACAAUCCGCCGAAGAAUUUCAAUGA